AUGAAAAUGUUGGCAAGACUCAUUCUGGGACUUGUCAUCUUUGAUGCUGCUGGGACCGCUCCAACUCUGGAACCCAUCAACUAUGACUCAGAAACAUAUGACACUAUCUUGGAGGACCUGGAUAAUUUAUACAACUAUGAAAACAUACCUAUUGGUCAAGCUGAGAUUGAAACAGCCACAGUGAUGCCUUCUGGGAACAGAGAGCUCCUCACCCCACCCCCACCGCCGGAGGAGGCUGAAGAGGAAGAGGAGGAGUCCACCCCCAGACUGAUCGAUGGCUCCUCUCCACAGGAGCCUGAAUUCACCGGGGUCCUGGGCCCACACACCAAUGAAGACUUUCCAACCUGCCUUCUGUGUACGUGUAUAAGUACCACUGUAUACUGUGAUGACCGUGAACUUGAUGCUAUCCCUCCGCUGCCCAGGAACACUGCUUAUUUCUAUUCCCGCUUCAACAGAAUUAAAAAGAUCAACAAAAAUGAUUUUGCAAGCCUAAAUGAUUUAAGGAGGAUCGAUUUGACAUCGAAUCUAAUAUCUGAAAUUGAUGAGGAUGCCUUCAGAAAGCUACCUCGCCUCCGGGAGCUUGUCCUGCGUGACAAUAAAAUAAGGCAGCUCCCCGAACUGCCAAACACUUUGACAUUUAUCGAUAUCAGCAGCAAUAGGCUGGGAAGGAAAGGAAUAAAGCAAGAAGCAUUUAAAGAUAUGUCUGAUCUCCAUCACCUCUACCUCACUGAUAACAACUUGGACCACAUCCCUGGGCCACUCCCGGAAAACCUACGAGCCCUUCACCUCCAGAAUAACAACAUCUUGGAGAUGCAUGAAGACACCUUCUGCAAUGUUAAAAAUUUAACUUAUAUUCGUAAGGCACUGGAGGAUAUUCGACUGGAUGGAAACCCUAUCAAUCUCAGCAAAACUCCUCAAGCCUACCUGUGCCUACCUCGUUUGCCUAUUGGAAGUCUUGUCUAAUUUCAGAUCAUG